AAAUUUUUUUCACGUUUUAUUCUCGAUGGCUGCAAAACGAAAUCCUAACGAACAAGAUAUUUUAAAUCAUUACAAUGAACAUUUAGACGAUAUUAACGAAACCGUUGACAAGUUACUUAAUGCGAUUAAAACUGGCGGUAUCUCGAACGCAAGCGAAUUCCUACCGAAAUCCGAAAAAAAGAACGGUCACGCCAAAAGACCGCCUAAUUCAAAUAUAUUAUGUUCGAAUCAACUCAUGAAGCUUGGCAUCAGAAAGAUUGCUGAAAAUAUUUGCGAAACAAAUCAUUAUAAUAAACAACGAAUAAUGGUUGUAUCAAGACAAUUCACGGGAAAAAUCUGGCGAGAAAUAAUUCCCAAUGAAACAAAAAAAUAUUUCGAAAAUUUAGCUAAAGAUGUCAAUGAACUUCAUAAAAAAAAAUACCCGAAUUAUAAAUUGGUAAAGUCUAAAAGAAAACUUAAGAAUAUUAUAAUUAAACAAUAUGAUACAUCAAGUAAAGUAAAUAAAACGAGACAAAGAAAAAAUUCGCUUGUGAAAAAUGAAGCAGAAAUUUUACCUGCCAUACCACUCUUAUCUUCACUCCUCCCAUCACUCUCACCUUCACUCCCGCCUUCACUCCCACCUUCACUCCCUUCUUCGCCCCCAUCUUCACCGCGCUCAGACGAAGAUGGAUUAGUUAGCAUGUCACUUACAUCACUUACAUCUGCACAAUUUUAUCCCGAUUUAUAUUCACAUACUAUACCACCUACAAUGAUUUCGAAAAUACCUUCACCACAACUUUUUUCCCAAUAUUUUACAAAUCAGACUUCGACUUCUUUCCCAUUACCUCGCUUGAAUAAUCAAUCGUCAAUUCAGCCAGGUCAUAACGUUCAAAUGACAAAUCCUCAUUUUAUUCCUACGACGUGGCUUACGCCAACUUAUCCUAAUCCAAUUACUAGCGAAGUUACUCCCCCUACAUUUAAUAUAUAUCCUUCACCUUCACCUUUGUCAUGUGAAGAUAAACUUCACAAUUUUGGAAAAUAUAAUGAUGAGAUUUUAUCCUCUAAGGAUCAGCCAUCAUCAUACACAUAUUAUUAAUCAAUUAAUUAUAAGCACUUUCAAUUAAUCUUUUUCGUAUGUACACUAUAGUGUAUAAUAGUAUAAUAGCGCGCAUAUAAAUAAGUCAUAUAUAUCAUUUCCGAUUCUAAACCUACAUUCACCUUUUUUAUAUAGAGAA